CCCAUGAAUUUGCAGACGGAAUUUCUUCAGAAUUGACGGUGAAUGGAUGUGCGCGAUACGCGUAUUUAGUUUUUUAAUUUAAAUAUGAGACAAAUUUAAAUACUAAUAAUUUAAAUGUUCGAAUCAUUAAAUGAAUGUAGUGAGUUAUGAGAUGAUUGAAUCUUGAUGAUAAGGCUGUCGUGAUAUGAUCGGAAAGACACAUAUGUCUCAAUCUGAAGGAGAGACAAGAUGAUAGAAAUUACAGCAAAACUCGUGCGAGGUCCAGUGUAUUUUUCCGGAGAAAUUGUAGAAUGUUUGGUUACGUUUACUAAUCCCCUGAAUCCAAAUCAUCAAAUAUCACAAAGCCACAAUGACUUAUUUGAAAGUCUUGCGUGGGCGAGUGCACAGGUCCAUUGUCAGUGUACGACGAACAGCAAAAUAGUAUUUUCCGAGAAAAUAAAUGCUGCAGCUCGCUCAAUGGCAAUUAACGCAAAUACUACCUUUGCCCCAUGGCAACAAGACAAUGGACAUGUAGUAUUGAAUACAAAACCAAAAAUAUUAUGUUGCGAUUUAAGGCUGUUACCCGGGGAAAGUAAGACCUAUACUUACCGCGAAACAAUACCAAGUGAUGCUCCACCUUCAUACAGAGGACAAGCUGUAAAAUAUUCUUAUAAGAUCACAAUUGGAACACAAAGAGUGAAUACAGUUAUAAAACUGUUACGAGUACCAUUCAGAGUGCUCUCUUUAAGCGAAUUGCCAGAGAUAACAGCAUGCAACGAUAGUGUAGAUCUGAGUCCGAAUAAUCCAUUUAUGGAAACGCAGCAUAGAGAAACUCCAUUAGAUAUUGCUCUACAAACGUUACAGAAUUUAACAGCAAGACGCAGUCCAAACUUUUACAACGUGACGAACGGCCGCGGACGCGUCGUGCGGUUCUGCCUUUUUAAAAAUUCCUACAAACUCGGCGAAGACAUAGUUGGAACCUUUGACUUUUCAAACGCGACCGUAUCCUGCGUUCAAGUGUCUGUGUCUUUACAGUCCGAGGAACAUGUAUCAGAGGAGUAUAGACGAGGGAAAACCUCCACACCGACAUUGAUCAGUUACAACAAGCAUCAUGAGAUGUGUCUCGGUUUCAAGUAUUCGCACCUAGUGCUACCGAUACCCUUGCACGUCACGCCAGACUUUACCACCGAUUUGGUGACGCUCAAGUGGCGAUUGCACUUUGAGUUCGUCACGAUGCCAAAGUUGAUAGAUAUGCCCAACGAGAACACUAUAAGCUGGCACGGACCGUCGACUCUGGAUGUUGAAACGAUGAUCUGGGAUCUUCCAUUGCACAUUCAUCCUACCACUACCCCGCCGAACAUGGCGCAACAGACGAAGUACAACACAGUCAUAUAGCUGAAGAAGCAUAACAUCUUUUUGCUCGUGCCUUUUAAUUCGUUCGGUCACGAGACAGCCACGCGCGAGCAUGACUCCAUGAUUGACUCGCGGCCGGGCGUAGCUGCAAUGUAGCCGUAUAAUUAAUUAGUGAAACGCAAUCUCGAUGUAAAUGCGUUUAUGUGCGUCGGUUAAUGAUCGAGCGACAAUGUCGAGCGAGCUGGUCGUGAUCGCGACAGCUUCGGACGUUUGUUUGAUCAAGGUGUAUACUCGCCUCGCGAGUUUAUUAAUGCGGCGUAUGGCAUUGAAUCGUUAAAUAGCUCACUUAAAUAGGCGUACAUGACCUGCGUUCGCGCAGGUCGCGGAAGACGGGUGUGCUGAACGAUCUUGGCAGGUUGUAAUUACACGGCAAUUCGCUUUGUGCGCGUUUCAAACUCGGACGUAUCUCUUUUCUUCUUAAUCUUGUAAUUAUUGUAAUUAUUAUUGUAAGAUUUUUGCCGAAGCGUGAUAGUGUUUUUACGUAAUAGAUAUAAGUUGUAGAACAUUUUACAUUUCCUCAAUCUUUUCUAUUUAACUUCGUAGAUCUUCAUCUCUGGGCAGUCGCUGUUGGUUAUAAGAAAAUGAGAAUAAUGUAGUCCAAACUUGGACAUUUUCUGCGGUCCGCUGAUCUCUCAUAUUUUUAUAUGUGAUCUCUCAGAUCGGUGGCACGGCCUCUUGAAAGCUAACGUAGAAAACCGUCGUUUUACGUCGGUUACUUACAAUGCGUCACGGUGCAUUCGUUUCGACGGGUGUCAGCGCGUAAUUGACUCGGGGGAGGAGGGCAAUCGAUGCCAUUCGACUCUCAUAAUUUACUCCACUAUCGCCGACGUAUUACCCCGACGAAGAAGAGGGAGGAGCCGUGCGAUAUCUUUGCGUUUCCUUCGUCCUUGCGAACCCCGUGCCUCGUGCCGGCCCGAUCUUUUCGCCGGCGCAGCAAGUAAAGACGUUUAUCAUUGUCGACGCCGUUCGUCGCCCGGCGUCGUUCUCGGUUAUUACGGGUUAUGAGCGUCAGGGAGGCGCAGCCAUGCUGGUCGAUAUAAAGGGAGAAAGUGAUGACCCCGACGCGCGCGCUGGAAAAGCUUCAUAAAGUAAAUUACUAUGUGCCGCGCGUACAUCUUAUGAGGAUUAAGGAGAGACGUGUAUCAAGGAAGAUCCCAUCGGCGUCGAGGUCGCGGUGUCUUGGUGGACCUCGUCUGUCCUUUCCCUCUUUAUUUUAUUCCUGGCGUACUCGUCCGGGAUGCUCAAAAAUCAGGAUGCUGCCUUCGGUUCGUGUCUCUUUCCCUCCGGCUACGCCGAUAAGGAGGCGGCGGCGAAAGCAAGGGGCCAAAGAAAAAAAAAAAAGCGAAGUAACUCGUAUAGAUUACAACGUUAAGCGUCUGAUAAAUUCGAUGUCGGGGCUCCUCAUUGGAAUUUUUCUCGCGUAAGGACGACGCCUGAAUUUUGCGAGACGCUUACGACUUUAUUCUCCCGCCAGGGUUUUGCGACGCUGUAUGCAAGACAUCUUAUCUACGUGGGUAAAUUCGAGCAAUUUAUAAUCCAGCUCGUUGUUAUUAAGGUGCAGACAAAAGAUUUGAAUAAACUGUGUGGUUGAACUCGAAGUAGAAAUGUUCUUUCAAAGUUUUAAGCUUCGAAACAUUCAUCUACUUGAUUAAAUAAAAAAAGACUGCUUGUGAUUGAAUUACUUGGGGACUUGAUAAAAAAGAAAUAAAAAAGAAGUAUUACAAAGAAAUAAAUAACUGUUAGUUUUAGAUUCUCGAAAUAUGACUCUUGAAGUAUGACAAAUUAAAAAAAUCGAAUAAUUUAAAUGCAUCUUUAGACUAAAUAUCAUAUUUCAAGCAACGUAAAAUGACCUGAAUAUUUAUUUGUAUUUUUGUACCAUUUCAUUAAAAAAUUAUUUGCUUGUAUCUAAAUUUUUUUCAUAUAAGAUUAAAUUCAAUAUUUAAUAAUAUGAAUUACUCUUUCUGUAAUUAUAUGAUUUGUUGUACGUAGCGUAAAUAUAAUUUUCUGUAAAAAAGAAUAUCAAAAUUAAAAUUAAAAAUGCUUGUUUUUAAAUCAUUUCAACUUGAUUUUUUGCUCGCGAAAAUAGCACAAGCACUAAUAAGAUUACGUCAAAUAACUUCUUAUUGACGUUAGAGAUGUCAUUAUUAACACAUAAUACAUGACAUCAACAUGUUUGCUGAAUAAUUUAAGCAAUUUGAUUAAUUCUCAUGUUCAUCCAUUCUUUAUGUCAGUGCUGUUUAAGAUUUGUAAUUUUGGACUUGAAAAUAAAACGUAUCAAUAUUUA